GCACCACGUUAAGGUGAAAGCAUCGGUUACAGUUAGCAAUGUGUAGUCAAUGUGUAAAAUAAUAGCCUGACAGCUGGCAAGCCAGCGUUGGCGUUACUGCAUAGGUCUUGAAAAUUCAAGUUGAUGAAAGGCGUUUUAAACUUUAUCAGCAGAAAGGAUCACUGCUAUUCAGCUAGCGAACGUUAAAUUAGUUAGCUGUCACUGGCCAACAAGUUGCAUUGUGUAACCUGGUAGCUAGCUAAGGUUUGUCCUUCAGUCAACAAUCGGCGGUUCUUAAAGUGUCUUCGUCGUCCUCCACACGUGGGAUAUCUCUUCGGGAUAUUUCUACCGUUAGCAUAUAACUAUCUGUUUUGUUCCAGUAGGACUAUUUUGAUGAUUCCAUGAUUUGUCUGGUAAGUGCCCCCAGGUGAAAAGAGGUUACUCUCAGCAUGGGUUCUCAGGAUGGAAUGGGAUGGGGAGGCAGCAACCUAUCUCCUCAUUUGCACACAGAUGAAUGCAAUGAGCUGAUCACACUGUUGAAACAGUGUCACAAGGAGCACAAUGUCCUCAGGUUUUUUGGCACUUGUAAUGAUGUAGACCGUGCCAUGCGCCAGUGUCUGAAGAAAGAGUACCAGAUGAAGAGAGAGCUGAGCAAGGCUCAUGCACAGGAAAUGCGACAGAGGCUGAAAGAAGGUCCCAAGACACAGAACUGAGCCACCACCAAAAUGAGCGGGGCUCCAGCGUCCCAGGACGGGCUUACAGAAGACCUUCUGUGGUGUGGUGUGGUUUUUUAUUUGAGGCGCAAUGUCAAAUAAAGAGUUUUUGAAGUUGUCGAAGUGACAUAGUAUGAUUUCUGGAUUUCUUGGAGAGCCAAGUGGCUCGAAGCUGGGAUUCCUUGGCUGGACUGUUUUUGGUGUUCCUCCUACAGAUAUUCCAUGGAGCAGGCUUCUAAUAUAAAUGUGUCACAUUUCAAUUUGGAUUUAAAAUACAGUAAA